CAUGGAAACCGCUCUGGUGUAGAAAGAGUUAAGAUAAAAAGCUUUGUUACUAAAAGUAGUUAAAGUCAUAGUCAAGCCAGAGCUAGCUAUUGAUUGUGCGUUACCUCCCCUGUUUGGAUGAUUCGUUCCGGACAGGAGCAGUGAUAAUAUUUGCCUUCCACUUGCUCUAGAGCGUUUUAAUUGCUCGUCGACGUCAGCAGUUGCAAUAGAGAAAAUACCGGAGUCCAGUUUUUGUGGAGCGGUUCCAGUGGCCGGAUGUGGUGGGGCUUUAUGUCAAAACAAGGUGGAAAAGCAUCGUCUAGGAUGGAGAGUGUUAUGGGUUUGUGACAAGAACUACUCUCUGUGCUGAUGAUUAAAAAUACUGUGGUGAAUUCAUGAAAACUGUGUACUUUCACUUCUUAGAAUAUCGAAAGUCUGUUUGGAACGUGCACACAAUGUGCAGGAUGCUCGUGGCUUUUCCGUUCGUCUUUGGACACCUUGUGUGAAAGGUAACGCCUGAUAAAUAAACUUCAUUGUGAUUAAAAGAGAUUAAAACAAUGAAAGAAGUAAACACAGUCAUAAGACUAAAACCGUGGAUUCCCUCCUCGCAAAGUUCAGAGACUGCGCCAAGGCUCGCUCCCAAAGUCCGACAAAGUGCAGACAUCGGACACACUGUUUGCGAGAGUUCAGAAACAAACAUGACGUCACGUCUGGAAGGGAUCGUCAAGACUUCGUCACGAGUUCAGCCAGAGGCGGAGGUUUCGAAACGCGAGCGUGACGCCGAAGAGUUCUGCAAACUUCUUAGAUUACCCAAAAUUCUCUUAUGGUUUGGCGCUUUGAAAGUUCCCACGAGAGUUCCACACCUGCCCAGGAGCGAAAGCCAGAGAUGCUGUGGCAAGGUCUUAUUCCAUAUGUUCCAAGCAUGUAUGUUCACCAUGCACGUUCUGAACAUGGUGAGAGUUAUCUGUCUUUGUGUGGACCAUAUCCCCAGCUCUGAAGAUACGUCAAGAACGAUGGCUAUUGGUGCCUUAACCUUCAUGUUGUUUGGCCAAACCCUCUACAUCUCCGAACAUUGGACUUUGAUGUUUCGAUUCCAGAAAUUUCAAGACCAUCUGUGGCAGUACAACAGGGAUUUUGGAUUUCUUCACGACCUUACUAAGCAUAAGAAAUUCGUGUUCUUCUUGUUUGUCUCUGGUGCUGUGAACAAAAUAUCGUUCACUUUAGGCUGGUUGCUGUUUGGUAUUAUAAACCAUAUUGAGUUUAUAGUGUACCCGUUCAAAGACAUUCAUGAUAUCCGUAUUCUGAUUCUGGGCUCUCUCAACAGUGGGAUUACUUAUUUCCUCUCGGGUGUUCCUGUUUUCGGUUUCUUCGUGCUGUACACAGUGAUCCUGCACGUGCUGGUUCAUGAGUUCAAGGCCACGGCAGAAGUCAUGAGACAGACGUUGUCUGGUGGAGAUGGAGGGCAAAUGGAGGUGGAGUUUGAUCAGCACAGUCCUCAUCUCCUCAGGGCGCGCCACUCAUGUUUGGCUCAAGUCGUGACCUCAUUCAGCCACCAGACACAAACGUUUGUGACCUUGACCCUUAUCUUCUUACUGAUGGACAUCUGUUUGUGCGUGUACGGCGUGAGCAGCUGGCAGGCAAACACAACCAUCAUCGGGUGUCUGACCAGUGUGGGAGCGUUCCUCGUCUUCACCGUCUGUGCGCUCGUUAUUCUGUGGACGAGAGUCCAUACUGAG